UAAGUUCUGUUUUUUUUUAUUCACAUUCCCGUAGCGUACCUGCCAAAAAGUUGAGUCAACGUAGCAAAAUCGAUUGGAGAAAUCAUCGAAACUGCAGAAUCAAAAUCGUUCUGUCUUCAAUUCAUUGCUUAUUUCAACUCCCUUUUUGAAUUCUAGAGUAUUUGAUUAGCACAGCAUCACCUUAGUAGUUCUGCUAAGUGCUAAUCAUGGGUGAUUUCCAAAGCGAUUUCACAGUCAUUCUUAUAUGCAUGAUCUCAACCAUGAUAAUCUGGAAAUUAUACAAAUCUUCGCGUGAUGAUACUCAUCUUCCACCAACCCCUUUUCGUCUUCCCAUCAUCGGGCAUCUCCAUCUUCUUGCUCCAAGCGCUCAUCGAGCUUUUCACAAGCUUUCUAUGAGAUACGGGCCUGUGUUCCGCAUCUACCUGGGAUCUACACCUUGUGUUAUUAUAUCUUCACCAGAAAUGGCUAAAGAAUUCUUUAAAGUGAAUGAAAAUGCCUUUUUAGACCGACCCAAUAACCCAACCAUAGAUUACAUUUCCUAUGGAGGCGAAGGCUUUAUCUUUCGUCCUUAUGGAUCAUACUGGAAGUUCAUGAAGAAAAUAACCAUGUCACAUCUCCUUAAUGGUAAAACACUUGAUAUUCUCCUUCCUGUGAGGCGCGACGAAGUUAAUCAUUUUAUAAAAUAUUUAUCACAAAAGGCGAAAGUUGGGAAGUCAGUGGAACUUGAAGUGGAGCUUGGGAAGUUGACCAGCAAUGUGAUAUCAAGAAUGGUCACAGGCAAGAGGUGUUCAGAAGAAGAGGAUGAGGUUAAGGAUAUAAUGAAGAUAAUGAGCGAGGUCGAUAAGCUUUUUGGAAAGUUUAAUCUUUCGGAUCAUAUAUGGCUUUGCAAGAAUCUAGACCUGCAAGGAAUAACAAAAACUUCGAUGGAUCUUCGUAGAAGAUUCGAUGUGUUAAUGGAAAGGAUCUUGAAAGAGCAUGAAGAGACAAGAAAACAGAAGAUGGAGACGGGAGAAGUGAAGGACUUUCUUAACAUUUUACUUGAUAUCUCGGAAGAUGAGAGCAUGGAGAUAAAGUUGACUAGAGAGAACAUUAAAGCCUUCAUCCUGGAGAUAUUCCUUGGAGCAACAGACACCACGGCAAGAACUAUAGAAUGGGCUUUUGCGGAACUCAUUAACCAUCCAAACAUAAUGAAAAAAGCAGUAGAAGAAAUUGACCGUGUUGUUGGCAAAAACAGACUUUUACAAGAAUCAGACAUAUCAAACCUUCCUUACCUUCAAGAAAUAGUCAAGGAAACGCUCCGACUGCACCCUGCAGGACCAGUGCUUUAUAGACGAUCAAGAGAGGAUUGCAUUGUGGGAGGUUAUCAUAUUCCUGCAAGGACUACUACUUUUUUCAACUUGUGGAGCCUUGGCCAAGACCCUACCUACUGGGAAAGCCCACUAGAAUUCAGGCCCGAAAGAUUUGAAGAGAAACAGAUAGAUGUGAGAGGACAACACUUUAACUUGUUACCAUUCGGGAGUGGGAGGAGGAUGUGUCCAGGGAUUUCCCUCGGGUUGAUGAUGGUACAUGUGACCCUUGGUUCUAUGAUUCAGUGCUUCACGUGGAAGGCAGGGAAUUAUGGGAAUCUAACGAGUGUUGAUAUGGAAGAGGGUAUAGGGAUAACACUUCCUAGAGCUAACCCAUUGGUUUGUGUUCCCGUUUCCCGACUUGAUCCUCUCCCAUUGUCUGUGUGACAUUUAUGUUAAUUAUAUAUGUCUGGUCUAGACUUUAUUAGUAAUACUAUGAUCUAAGUCUAGUUAGUGACGGUAGUUUUUGGGUCAAUACACCAACCACCUCUUCUAGAGUUGCAAGGGUUGGAGGUGUCGGUUCAAUACGUAUGAAUGUAUGUAUGUAUGUAAUGUAAAUCAACAUUAUGGCGUGUUCAAUAAUAUAUGUACAAAAAAUUAUUCUGAUUGCU